AUGCUGGCCAAACCCAAACGUAGAGACAAACACAGAGAGGGCCCCCCCCCUGAUUCUGCUGCUGUUUCUUCUUCUUCUUUGCCUGACCAGGAGGUACCCUUGGGGGCCCCCGGGGGGCCCCCCCCGGGGGCCCCCCUAGACGAUGGGGGCCCCCGCAGCAGCAGGAGGCGCAGCAGGAGGCUGCGAGACCGCAGCCCCCCAGACUACUCAGCUGACGAGAUAUUGGCCCUUGUUGCACCCCAGCAGCAGCAGCAGCAGCAGCAGCAGCAGCAGCAGCAGCAGCAGCAGCAGCAGCAGCAGCAGCGACAGAAGAAGAGGGGGGCCUCAAAAGGGCAAACCUCAUCAAAGCCUUCAGCUCGUCGCCUACGCAGAGAAGAGAUGAGAGAGGGGGGCCCCCACAGCCGCUCCUGGGGGCCCCCCCUCUCCCUCAGCAGCAGCGGGCAGAUCGAGGGGGCCCCCCAGGGGCCCCUGCAGGGGGCCCCCCCUCAUCAGGGGCCCCAUCAGGGGGGCCCCCCUCUACCCGGUGGCUCUGCAGCUUCUUCUUCGUCUUCUCUUCGGGGUAUAGGUGUACCCUCUGGCUCAGCAGCAGCAGCAGCAACAGCAGCAGCAGCAGCAGCAACAGCAGCAGCCGCAACAACAGCAGCAGAUGAGGCUUGCGUGCUGGUGCCUCUCAACCAGGCUAGGGCCCUUCUAGCUUGUGCAUCUCCUGCUGCAGUUCAGUUUGCUGCUGCAGCAGCAGCAGCAGCAGCAGCAGCAAACCCGUACCCCCAUGAACCCCGCCAGGAGGCCUUCUCCUCAGAUAGCAGGGGGGCCCCCUGGGGGGCCCCCCCACAUAAAAUAGAUGCAGCAACACCAGGAGAGGGGCCCCCCCUGCAUGCAGCACAGGCUCAGGGUCUGGGUAUGGGGCCCCCCUAUCGAUCUACACAUCCUUAUAGGUAA